CGUUAUUGUAAAGGAUCGACUCCCAGCAUUUUCUUCCUCACGUUUGGAGCUUUGUUGUGACGAACCCAAACAGGAAGUGCUCCUCCUGUUGCGGGUGACUGCGGGAGCGAAGGCCAGAGAGAGGGAGAGGCUGAAUCCUACUUGCUGCUGUCAAACAGGUCUCUAACCAUGGAAGUGGAUCUCAGUGGAGUGUCGAGGGCUCAUGUUUCCAUUCUACCUUCAGCUGAGAUCAAAGCUACGUUGAAAGCGGAAGCAGAAAGACCUCGUUGCGCCAGCACGCCAUGCUCCCCCAUCAGAGGUACUGUAGCAGGAUACCAGAUCCUCCACAUGGACUCAAACUAUCUAGUGGGCUUCACAACUGGUGAGGAGCUGCUCAAACUGGCCCACAAAUGGUCGGAAAACUCCCCUGAAAAGAGUUUGUUAUCAGAGGCUGUGGCCAGUCCCAUCCAGACGAGUGUCUCUAAAUCUUUAGAUGUGGGAAUCCAUCGGUCGUCAAGGAUCUUUAAGGCCAAAAAUCGCUACUACCAGCCUUACGACAUUCCUGCUGCUAAUGGUCGGAGAAGGCGGCGCAUGCCCAGCUCGAGUGACACCUUUCUCAGGUCUAUGACUACAGGAGAACAUGGCAGGGGUGUGCACGCACCGCUGCCCCUGUGUCGGCUUAAAGGGAAGAGGACCCAGUCCAAGUCUUUGGACUACCUCAACCUUGACAAAAUCACUAUCAAAGAGUCAUCAGACACAGAGGUGUUACAGUACCAACUGCAGCACCUCACCCUGCGGGGAGAGCGCAUGUUCACUAGGAAUAAAACUUAAAGCCACAGAAGAUGACAUCAUUUAGACGUCUUUCACACUGGUAGUGGGAUAUGGGUGCUAUUUCCAGCUCAGUUUCUGUGUGCUCAGAUGAGAAGCAGUUCUUUAAUAAGACGGCCUGAUAAUUGUGCUCUCUUAUUAACUGGGAUUAAACCCUGCACUGAAAAAGUAACGUUGAAGGGAAGCCUUUUAGUACUCGCACUGUAUUGAGAUGAUGGGGGUCAAAAUGUGAAUGAUAUCUUAGCAAUAACUGGUUUACUUACUGUAUUUAUUACAGCUGAUACAUGCACAUAUCACAGUGUAUCAGCUUUAAAUUACAAUCAUGCCAGUUUUACUGCCUAAUGUCAUCUAUAAAACUUGUUUAAUGUGUGAUUUUUGUUUUCAUAUGACUCCUGGGACUACUGUAAAAUUAACAUGACAAACCACAUCUGUUCUAUUUGUUUUAGAUACUUUGUCUAUUUAAUCGUGUCAUUUAAUAAUUGUGUUUUUAAAUUGAUUCCCCCAAAGAUGUUUAAAGGUUUUGUGCUACACUAUACAGAAUUCAACUAACCACUGCUUGAAUGUUGUGUGUUAAAAAAGCCUGUUCAUCCUCAAACAGAUAAUAAUCAACAUAAAUGAAUUUGUAAUAAAACUAGGUAGUAUAAAUUAUUACUGACAUACCGUAAUUUUCGGACUAUAAGUCGCACCAGCCAUAAAAUGCCCAAAAAUGUGAAAAAAAACAUAUAUAAGUCGCUCCGGAGUAUAAGUCGCAUUUUGGGGGGCAAUUUAUUCGACAAAAUCCAACACCAAGAACAGACAUGAACGAGCAACAACAGGCUAAACGAUACGGUAUGCUAACGUGACAAACACAAACGAGGAGCUGAGAACAGGCCUGACGUAACAUUCAGUUAUUUAAAAAAAACUAUUACAUAAAUAACACGUUUAUAAAACCAUCUGUGUCACUCCAAAUCAUUAAAUCCAUCGAUCGUCCUUUGUCAACAAUGCCGUGUGCCGCGCCGCAGUUCAAAUUAUUCCACAGGCCCAUAAAAGGAUAUAUAAACUAUAUUUUAAAUAACUAUCACAUAAACAAUAUUAUCAAACCAUUUGUGUCACUCCAAAUCAUUAAAUCCAUCGAUCAAAUUUGUCGUCCUUUAUGUCAUCCUGGUGACAGAGGACAUGUCCAGAAGAUAUGGCGCUUUAAAGUCUUAAUUACUUUAUUUGAUUUUUUUCUCUCUAUUUUUCAUGUUUUGAAUAUGUUCAAGAUAAAGAUAUCAAAGCAUGUGAAGUGAUCAACUAUACUAAAAAUAACAUGUGAAGUGGUCAACUAUACUUGUAAGUAAGUGAUGUGUUAAUGAUCAAGUAAAAAUUUGUGAAAAAAAACAUAUAAGUCGCUCCUGAGUAUAAGUCCCCCCCCCACGCAAACUAUGAAAAAAAACGAGACUUAUAGUCCGAAAAUUACGGUAAUUGAGCAUUUAACACAGAACCACGCCUUGUAGUGUGUCUCAAAGUAUAUAUAAUAUAUUUGCUACAAUCCGUCCGUCCAUCCAUUUUCAACACUGCUUCUAAAAAUUACCAAUUUAAAUCAGACUGCUGAAUCCUCACUUGAGCCUCAGCUGAGCUUUAAACUCGUUGCACUUAUCAAAUAUUGUGAUAACACCCCGUCAUUCUAUACAGUAAAGACAGAUAUGACAGUGAAAUUUCAUAGUACAAAUUGAACAGGUCAGAUUGAACCAAUUUUACAUGCUAGAGAUAAGUUAGGCGUAUUUAUGUGGAAAACCACUUUACAUCCGUUUAGUACUUGACGCUUUGCUUGCAUAUACAGUGGGGAGAACAAGUAUUUGAUACGCUGCUGAUUUUUCAGAUUUUCCCUCUUGCAAAGCAUGUCUGUAAUUUCUAUCAUAGGCACUCUUCAACUGUGAGUUAUGGAAUCUAAAACAAAAAUCCAGAAAAUCACAUUGUAUGAUUUUUAAACAAUUCAUUUCCAUUUUAUUGCAGGAAAUAAGUAUUUGAUACAUCAGAAAAACAGAACUUAAUAUUUGGUGCAGAAACCUUUGUUUGCAAUUACAAAGAUCAGACAUUUCCUGUAGUUCUUGACCAGGUUUGCACAGACUGCAGCAGGGAUUUUGGCCCACUCCUCCAUACAGAUCUCCUCCAGAACCUUCAGGUUUCGGGGCUGUCGCUGGGCCACACGGACAUUAAGGUCCCUCCAAAGAAUCUCUAUUGGAUUCAGGUCUGGAGACUGGCUAGGCCACUCCCGGACCUUGAGAUGUUUCCUACGGAGCCACUCCUUAGUUGGCCUGGCUGUGUGUUUUGGGUCAUUGUCAUGCCGGAAAAUCCAGCCGCGACCCUCGGUCUUCCUCGGUCUGGGGCGCCAUGCAAGAUCUCACCUUGUGGGGCAUCAAUGAUCAUGAGGAACGUGUGGAAUGAGCCCAGAACUACACGGCAGGACCUGGUCAAUGACCUGAAUAGAGCUGGGACCACAGUCUCAAAGAAAACCAUCAGUAACACACUACGCUGUCAAGGAUUCAAAUCCUGCAGUGCACGGAAGGUGCCCUUGCUCAAGCCAACGCAUGUCAAGGACCUUCUGAAGUUUGCAAAUGACCAUCUGUAUGAUCCAGAGGAGGAAUGGGAGAAGGUCAUGUGGUCUGAUGAGACAAAACUAUAACUUUUUGGUUUAAACUCCACUCGUCGUGUUUGGAGGAAGAAGAAUGAUGAGUACAACCCCAAGAACACCAUCCCAACUAUGAAGCAUGGCGGUAGAAACAUCAUUCUUUGGGGAUGCUUCUCUGCAAAGGGAACAGGAUGACUGCACCGUAUUCAGGGACAGAUGGAUGGGGCCAUGUAUUGAGAGAUCUUGGCCAACAACCUCUUUCCCUCAGUAAGAGCAUUGAAGAUGGGUCGCGGCUGGGUCUUCCAGCAUGACAAUGACCCAAAAUACACAGCCAGGGCAACUAAGGAGUGGCUUCGUAGGAAACAUCUCAAGGUCCUGGAGUGGCCUAGCCAGUCUCCAAAACUGAAUCCAAUAAAGAAUCAUUGGAGGGAGCUUAAAGUCCGUGUGGCCAAGCGACAGCCCCAAAACCUGAAGGCUGUGGAGGAGAUCUAUAUGGAGGAGUGGGCCAAAAUCGCUGCUGCAGUGUGUGCAAACCUGGUCAAGAACUACAGGAAACGUCUGAUCCCUGUAAUUACAAACAAAGGUUUCUGCACCAAAUAUUAAGUUCUGUUUUUCUGAUGUGUCAAAUACUUAUUUCCUGCAAUAAAAUGGAAAUUCAUUAUUUAAAAAUCAUGCAAUGUGAUUUUCUGGAUUUUUGUUUUAGAAUCCAUCACUCACAUUUGAACCUAUGAUAGAGAUUACAGACUGCUUGCAGACACGCAGCGUUUGACAUGCUUUGCAAGUGGGAAAACCUGAAAAAUCAGCAAUGUAUCAAAUACUUGUUCUCCCCACUGUAUGUGGGGAUGUACAUAUAUUGUAUGUGCAUUAUUUGACACUGGCCCAGCACAGUAUAAAUUGUGUUUUUUUUUACGAGUGUGUUUGUUUAAAACUUACUUGUUUUCUGUCCCUGAUGGCAUCGCAGUCAAAAACAGUCGUGAAUCUUUUUGUGUCAGCACCAGAUCACACACUUUGCUGCUUUAUUUAACUUUUGCAAGCCAUGGACACAUACAGUCCUGGAGAAAUGUUUGUACACUUUUUGAGUUUUUGUUUUUCGGCACAUUUUAUUGUUUUGCUCUGAAAUUAAAAAAAUAUUUUGCCCCACAACAGAUCAUCUCUAGUGUGGGAUGUGAUAUGCAAUAUAAUUCAUAAAAUAUUCCUUUGAUUAAAAUAAAUCAUGAACAUUUUAUUAAUUAACAAACUACAACACAUUCAAAGGGUGUACAAACCAAAUGGUACUGUGUACUGUAUAUAAACUCACCUCUUGCAUCCCUCUGUUUCCAUUCGCCAAUCACACAUGUACUGUUCACCUAAUGUUAACUAAUGACUGUUACAGUACUGAUUAAAGCUUAUUGCAAUCUAAA